AUGCCCGGCUACCCUACCCUCCAACCCGCCUUUACGAUCCAGGUCGUCAUUGAUGCGCCACUAGGCGUCGGCAGUGCCUCCCGGCAGAACAGCCUUCAGGUCGUGCCGAUGACCGGCGGCACCAUCAAGAGCGAACCUGGCUUCUCCCCCGCUCUCGAUGCUGAGUUUGUCGGUGUCGGGAACGACUACAUCCACGCGGAUGCUGACGGCAAGCACUUGCGUCUGAACGCCCACGCGGUUGCUAAACCUAAGGAUGACGCCGAUCUCAUCUACCUGAAUUACACCGGUGUUGUUACGCUGGCCCCGGAGGUCCAGGCUGUCUUUGCGGGCACCGCUGAGGAUGGGUCGACGCCUUUUGGCAAUGCUUUCACCCAUUUCACUUUCGAGGAUCGUCACCCUGACACAGAUGAACAGACGGGCAGCGCGCGCUACAAGGACCUUGAAACCCGCGUCUUCGUCGCCCAGGGACGGUUCAACAUCGAGAAGGGCAAGCCGCCUGUGGUCGAGUACCGGGUCAGCCAGGUCGUCCAGGGAUAG